CCACUCCUCCCCGCCGGGAAGCACAAGCCACUCGUCGGCCGUCUUCUCCCCUCAGGAUGAGGUUCUCCGCCUUGCGCCGCCUGCUCUGGAGACCAGCGGGGCCGGCCGCCGCGGGGCCUGCGAAGAAGAGCGGCGGCGGCAGCGGCGGCGGCUCCCCUCGCAAACGGCUGCGCCCUGUGGCAGCCACUGGCCCCACGGCGCUCUUGCCCCAGCGAGGGAUGCACAGCACGCGGGGCUACUGCGAGAAGCAGCAAGGCGGCGGAGGCGCUCAAGGCUCCGCGACGAGAGAAAUAAUUGAAACCUCAAGAAAAGCCCUGAAUUUACUGAAGCUAGAACACCCUAAAUUUAAACCAACACUUUCUGUUAUACAGGUUGGCGAUGAUGGUUUGGGACAAGAAAUGAUCAGAAACGUCGCUGAAGAGGUCGGCUUGGAUAUUGUUCAUAUUUGUCUUCCCCAUGACAGCACUGAAAAUGAGGUCAUAGGUGAAAUCAUAAAACUCAAUGAGAAUCCUAAAAUUCAUGGCCUUCUCCUCCGCCUCUGUAGAGAGUCAUGCACAAGCAAAGUAUUGAAUGCUGUGAAACCAGAAAAAGAUGUGAAUGGGAUAACAGAUUUUAAUUUGGUACGAUUAGUGCAUGGAGACAUGCAUGAAUGUGUGGUUCCCCCUAUUGCCAGUGCAGUGAUCAAACUUCUGGAAAAACAAGCAUGUGCUACCCUGGAUGGGAAAAGAGUAUUACUUUUGGGUGUCCAAGGUCCUUUGGAAGUCUCCCUGCAGCGCCUUCUUCAAAGAAAAGGGGUCAUGACUAUGAGCUUGUCAUGGAAAAUGAAGCAACUCCAAACAGUGCUUCGUGAUGCUGAUAUGAUGGUCGUGGGCAGUACCAAACCUAAAGAGAUCUCGGUGGCUUGGAAAGAAUCCAAGAUCACUACUGUGGAUUGUUCACAAGGCACUUUAUUGGGACAGAAUGCUUUCCAUGAACAUCCAGCAAGGGGCAAUGAUUGCAGUCUAGGUGAGGCUGUAGAACAGCUGGCAUUGGCGAUAUGCAUGCAGAACUUGGUAAAACUCAGUGGGCGACAGAUAGCAGCCCAGCAGCCUAAGCAAUGGAAUCUCCAUUGCUUGAAGCUACAGCCUAUUUCACCUGUUCCCAGUGAUAUUGAAAUUUCCCGAGGACAGGCUCCAAAACCUGUUCAUAUUCUUGCCAAGGAGAUAGGAUUGCUCACAGAUGAAAUUGAAAUCUAUGGCCAAGCCAAAGCCAAAGUACGUCUUUCUCUGCUGGAAAGGUUAAAAGAUCAGCCAGAUGGAAAAUAUGUACUGGUUGCUGGGAUUACACCAACACCUCUUGGGGAAGGGAAGAGUACUGUGACAAUUGGCUUGGUUCAAGCACUGACAGCCCACCUUAAAAUAAACUCCUUUGCCUGCCUGAGACAGCCUUCUCAAGGACCUACUUUUGGUGUUAAAGGAGGAGCAGCAGGAGGUGGAUAUGCUCAAGUCAUCCCCAUGGAAGAGUUCAACCUUCACUUAACUGGUGAUAUUCAUGCCAUUACUGCAGCAAAUAAUUUGCUAGCUGCUGCUAUGGAUGCUAGGAUUCUACACGAGAACACUCAGUCUGAUAAGGCCUUAUAUAAUAGAUUGGUUCCAUUAGUUCAUGGAGAAAGGAAAUUUUCAGCUAUACAGCUUGCACGUAUGAAAAGGCUGGGAAUAACCAAAAUAGAUCCUGAUACGUUAACCGCAGAUGAGAUUAACAGAUUUGUGCGACUUGAUAUAGACACAUCUACAAUAACAUGGCAAAGGGUGGUGGAUACAAAUGAUAGAUUCCUCAGGAAAAUAACAAUUGGCCAAGCAAAUACAGAGAAGGGAUUUUCUCGUCAGACUCAGUUUGAUAUAGCUGUUGCAAGUGAAAUUAUGGCAAUCUUAGCGCUAACCAGUAGCCUGUCUGAUAUGAGAGAGAGACUGGGAAAAAUUGUAGUUGCUAACAACACAAAAGGGCAACCUGUGACAGCAGAAGAUUUGGGAGUAACUGGCGCUUUGGCAGUUUUGAUGAAGGAUGCAAUUAAACCAACAUUGAUGCAGACUUUGGAGGGUACCCCAGUUUUUGUGCAUGCUGGACCUUUUGCAAAUAUUGCACAUGGUAAUUCUUCAGUUUUGGCAGACAAACUUGCUCUUAAAUUGGUCAGCAAAGAAGGAUUUGUAG